CUCAUAUGCUAUAUUACGGUUUAUAAAAGUAGUCCAAUAAAAAUUAAACCCAAAACAGGCCCAAUUUAAAAUAGGCUAAUAAUAAACUAGGGCUUUGCCCCUUUACACUCUGCUCAUAAUAAGUGUGUUAAGUAGCAGCUCUUUUUCCCCUCUCACAGGCACCACCGGAGCAAAAGACCACCGGCAACGAAAAUGAAGGCGAUUCUCUCCUCCGACACCAUGGAUAUCCCCGACGGCGUGAAGAUCAAGGUGAAUGCGAAGAUGAUCGUGGUCGAGGGUCCCAGGGGCAAGCUCGCGCGCAAUUUCAAGCACCUGAACCUCGAUUUCCAGCUCAUCACCGACGAGGCCACGGGGAAGAAGAAGCUGAAGGUAGACGCCUGGUUCAGCAGCCGGAAAACCACCGCAGCUAUCCGCACGGCGCUCAGCCACGUCACCAACCUGAUCAACGGCGUCACGAAGGGCUACCGCUACAAGAUGCGUUUCGUGUACGCUCACUUUCCGAUCAACGCCUCCAUCACCAACGGUGGAAAGGCUAUUGAGAUCCGUAACUUCCUUGGCGAGAAGAAGGUGAGAAAGGUGGAUAUGCUUGAAGGGGUUUCGGUUGUGCGAUCUGAAAAGGUGAAGGAUGAAUUAGUUUUGGAUGGUAACGAUAUCGAGCUCGUUUCUAGGUCAGCUGCCUUGAUAAAUCAGAAAUGCCAUGUGAAGAACAAAGAUAUUAGGAAGUUCCUUGAUGGUAUCUAUGUUAGUGAAAAGGGAGCCAUUGCAGAGGAGGAAUGA